AUGGCUUCAGUGAUGGCAGUGACUGUGCCGGAGGCCAUGUGCCAGAAGUUGGAUGCGCUGGCACGGCGCUUCAACUGCAUGCUGGAAAGAGAGCAGGAGCUAGAGCUGGAGAUGGGGGCCAUGGAUUCCGAAGAGUCCUUCGUGAACCCAGACGAGGCAGUGGAGAGGAUGCUGUCCGGACACUCCUUGGGAUUUCAACCAGACCGAGCGUUCGACACACUGCCCGUGUACCAGGUUUGCUUCGACCUGCGCAGGCAUCCAAAGACAGGCAUCUUCCGCUCUUCCCAGCAGCAACUCAGCAUCGAGAUUCAGGAGGCGGAGGCGAAGUCAACUCGAGUUGUGGAGGUUUAUGUUGAGAUGGUCGGUGGAAACUUUCGGAGAGACGUUGUUGCCAAGCAAGAAUGCUGCCUUCGACUCCGCUUCUGGACUAAUGAAGAGCGGCCGGUGUUCCUAUCCAGUGUGUUCUGGCCCAGCGGAGGUUGCAUGGUGGAUAAGAAUGGGAUGCCGGUGACCAUUGAGAAUGGACGGCUGCAGCUCCUUCGAGUUGCCUGUGGGCAGUUGAUCCUCUCCUAUGUGUUCUUCCCUCUGGAGCCACGUUCCUUUCCAGGGAUGCUGGCAGUUGCAGUGGGCGUGAACACCGCCCCGGAAAGAAUCAGAGAGAAGGAAUACCAGGAGGAUGAGGAAGAAGGCGAAGAGGAAUGUGGCGAGUGUCACACAUGUGGCCGUCCUGCAGUUUCCUGGCUGGGUGGCGAGGAGUGUGAAAGUGUCUUCUUCGACAGCCUACAAAAGGCCUUGGGAAAUGAUGUGACUGAGGAGAGUUUUGAUGAGCUGUGCUUCGAGUUCGGUCUGGAGUUAGAUGAUGUUACUUCUCAGAAAGCAAUGGUGGAGAAGGAGCGAGGUGCACAGGCGGCUGAAGGCUUGAGCGACCGCGUCAUCUUCAAAGUGGACGUGCCGGCGAACCGCUACGAUUUGCUGUGCAUCGAGGGCCUGGUUCGUGCCCUGCAGGUCUUCAAGGGCGUGAUCCCUGCCCCUCUGUACAAGCUGUCCUCGCCCAAACCGGCAGCACAGAUGACGAUGACGGUGAAGAAGGAGACCGCGCAGAUCAGACCCUUCGUGGUCUGCGCCAUUUUGCGGAAUGUGACCUUCGACCAAGAUCGCUACGAGAGCUUCAUUGAGCUUCAGGACAAGCUGCAUCAGAACAUUUGCCGACGCCGCACCCUUGUGGCCAUUGGCACCCACGACCUCUCCACACUGAAGCCGCCCUUCACCUACGAGGCGCUCCCGCCCAAGGAGAUUCGCUUCACGCCGUUGAACCAGACCGAAGAGAUGGACGGCAGCCGCAUGAUGGAGGUGCUAUCAGCACAUCAGCAGCUGAAGACCUAUUUGCCUAUCAUCCGCGACAGCCCGGUGUAUCCAGUGAUCUACGACAGCAACCGAGUGGUCCUGUCCUUGCCUCCCAUCAUCAACGGCGAACACUCCAAGAUCAAGUUGGAAACCAAAGAUGUCUUCAUCGAGUGUACGGCCACGGACCUGACGAAGGCCAACGUGGUGCUGAACACCGUGGUGACGAUGUUCGCGGAGUACUGCAAAGAGCCUUUCGUGGCAGAACCUGUUGAGGUGGUGUAUGCCGAUGACUAUCCCGGCAACACCUUCAUCAAACCAGGUGACAAGAGGAUCUAUCCUAUGCUGGACUCGCGGGAGAUGACGGCGAACAUCCCACGGAUGCAGCAGGCCCUGGGCCUCGAGAAGCUCACGGGCGAGCAGGUCCGUGACUAUCUGCGGAAGAUGAGUUUGCCCUGUGACGUGGGCAAGGACAAAGAUGUCUUGAAAGUCCAGGUGCCAGUGACGCGCAGUGACAUCAUGCACGAAUGUGAUCUCGUAGAGGACUUGGCCAUUUCGUAUGGCUACAACAACCUGGAGACCAGCGUGCCGCAAACGGUGGCCGUGUCUGGCGGGCAGCCGGUGAAUAAUUUGUCUGACAUGGUGCGCACAGAACUGGCUAUGGCGGGUUUCACGGAGUGUAUGAACUGGUCCCUGCUGUCGCAGAAGGAGAAUUACACCUGGAUGCGCCGGGAACCAGAUCCCAAGGGAGCACAGCUGACGGUAGAGAAGCCGCAUGAAUACAGUGCGACCUCUCCUUCCGUCUCCGUGUCCAACCCAAAGACAGUUGGCUUCGAGAUCGUGAGAACGACUCUCAUCCCUGGCAUUUUGAAAACCUUGGCCAAUAACAAGCAGCUUCCUCCUCCCAUCCGACUUUUCGAGGUGGGCGACGUGGUGAUUCAGGAGCCCACCAAAGAAGUUGGUUGCAAGAACGUGAGACGCCUGGUGGCAGUGCAUUGCAACAUGCGGAGCCAGUUCUCUUUGCUGCAUGGUGCGCUGGAUCAGCUGAUGUACUCAUUGAAUUGUGAGCCCGAGCAUGAGCAGAAGGAGGGCUCCAAACGAAGAACCUUCAAGCUGGAAGCCAGCAAUGACCCUGCCUUCUUUCCCGGGAUGCAGGCGCAUAUCAUCUGCUCGGGCAUCAAGAUCGGCAUCAUUGGCGAGUUGCAUCCCGAGGUUCUGGGCAAGAAAUGCUUCGAGAUCAAUAUGCCCACCUCAGCCUUGGAGCUAAACCUGGAGCCCUUCCUAGACUGGCUCUGA